AUGAAUAGGAGUAGCAUUAUCAAAACCAUUAUCCGUCGUUGUAGUGAUUUACAUCACAAUAAAGCACCAUAUACAGUACCAGAUUUUAGAGUAUUUGAUUCAAUUGAAAAUUGUCCAAGAUUAAUAAAACUGCGUGAUGCGUUAGCCGCCAAAGGAUUAUGUGAUCCAUGGAUUCGUAAUGAAGUGUGGCGUUUGGAUACAAGAAAUUUUGGAACAGAACGGCAAAGAUUUUUUAAACUCUUUCGUGGCAUACAAUAUGGAUUGAUCUUAGCAAUUAUAUCAGCAUUAUUUACAGAAUAUUCGAAAAGAUCCGAUGAACAUCACGUUGUUGAGCAUAAAGAAAAUUCUGAUGAAUCUAUUUGUGAUGAAAAUGUUAAUAGGAGUAUCAUACCAGAUCAUGGCAAAUACACUGUUCCAAGCGAUGGUGACGAAUGUCCUCCCCCUUAA